GAACACGCUUGACAAUUUGCUCGCUCGGCAUUCUGUGCUACAAGUAUGGACCAAGACAACAGCUUGGAGGAGGUGUCAGGACAUCCAUCAGGUCACUCGGAUGAGGAGAUUCCUGCCAUACCUCCAGGGCUCUCAGAUGGUGAGACGGAGGAGCUGCUUUGGCGGUUACGAGAAGAGCGUCGACAGUCGUCCCCUGAACUUCCAGAUACGGUGACUCGUCUUAUGGCCCUUGAUGGCAGCAUACUGUACCUGGUGGGCACUGCUCACUUCAGUGAUAGCAGCAUCAGUGAUGUAGCCACGACAAUCCGUGCUGUGCAGCCAGACGUGGUUGUCGUGGAGCUGUGCCAGUACAGAGUAUCUAUGUUGAAGAUGGAUGAGAAUACACUGCUAAAGGAGGCCAAAGACAUAAACCUGGAGAAGAUUCAGCAGGCCAUCAAACAGAAUGGGGUGAUGUCUGGCCUGAUGCAGAUUCUUCUGCUGAAAGUUUCAGCUCACAUCACAGAGCAGCUGGGUAUGGCUCCUGGAGGAGAAUUCAGAGAAGCUUUCAAAGAGGCUAGUCGAGUUCCAUUUUGUAAAUUUCACCUUGGGGACAGGCCCAUCCCAGUGACAUUCAAAAGGGCCAUUGCUGCUCUCAGUCUGUGGCAGAAGAUUCGUCUUGCCUGGGGUCUCUGCUUUCUGUCUGAUCCCAUCAGUAAAGAAGAUGUAGAGAAAUGCAAACAGAAGGACCUGCUGGAGCAGACCAUGUCAGAGAUGAUUGGCGAGUUUCCAGCCCUCCAUCAGACCAUCGUGGCUGAAAGAGACAUCUACCUCACACACACCCUUCGUCAAGCCACACGCUGUGUGGAGGUGCCCCCUAACGCCCAGAAAGUGCCUGCUGUGGUGGUAGGAGUUGUUGGGAUCGGUCAUGUCCCUGGCAUAGAAAAAAACUGGCAGAAGCACCUUAACAUCAGUGAAAUCAUGAGUGUUGCACCUCCAUCACGUUUUGGCCGGGUCUUGCAUACAGUCAUAAAGGGUUUCAUCGUGGGAAUGGUGGGAUAUACCUCCUACCGUGUUGGAUGGACUUUAUGUAGAGCAGUUGCGUCUCUACCUACUGUUCAGUCAAUACUGCAGAUUGUGCAACCACCACCAGUGUGAAUCCAUUGGUCUCAUCAAGCCAUCAAUGACAAACAAUGCAUUUAUCACCAGUGGCCUUAAAACAGUGAGUGAAGCUGGACAAGAGAGCUGUCCAGCCCACAUCAAGAAUUUACAAGGACCUCAGAGGAUUCAAAAGCAUGCCCCCCCCCCCCCCCCCCCCCCAAAAAAAUGUAUUGAUGCUCUGCAAAUGCAGCAGAGCUAUACUGCCAAAGAAACCUGGACAGUACUUUUUUUUCCCCUUUCAUAUCUUGAGCAAGUCAUACAUUUUGUACAGGAUACAAAUGCUAAAUGUUUCUUAGUCUUACCACCAUUAAAUUGUUUUUAUUUGA